GGAUGCAAAUGAAUAUAAAUGUGUACAUUUUCCUCUAAAUAACCUUCAAGAACACGUGUAUAAGAAGGGAAACACCAAACAUUAAAGCAAAGUAUUCACCGUCACAUUUAUUCCGCCUCUGCAGGAUUUAUGACGGAAAACAUCUAUGAAACAGGGGCCCUCUGGCGCCUCCCAGCGGGGAAACGCGGUAAUACCGCUCAGGUGCACUUCCGGUCCCGCUGUCAAAGAGGAAGUUCAACUGAGCUCUGUUUAUUAUUAUUUUUUUCCAGCUCAAGCCUCUCUUGUAUGGUAAUUUUCGGGUAAUAGCAGUGAUCGAGAUGACGAUGUCAACGUUCCAGAAAGUGACCCUGGCGACGUGCGUUGUGCUUUGCGUCGCACUGCUGCUGCCCAAGAUCCUGUUAUCCAGAGGGAGGAAGGAUGCUGCCGAGCGGCCGGAGGGUUCAGGUUAUUUCCCACCCAGGGUUCACCCUCAGAUGGCCCCAGAGGGCAGAGGUCAGAGGGCCGCGGGGUCCAGCUUCUCCAGAGCUCAUAGUCCAGAGACGUCAGCCAAGACCAAGGGAGGAGGAGCAGGACCAGGAGCCGGGGGAAAGUCCAACCUGGCAGGACAGAUUAUUCCUGUGUACGGCUUUGGAAUCUUGCUCUACAUCCUCUACAUUCUGUUCAAGAUCACGUCUAAAGGAAGCAGCAAGCCCCCAGAGAGCAAGUUCCAUCCCAUCCGCUCAGAGAACAUGAAGAGAAAGAUCACUGACUUUGAGCUGGCCCAGCUGCAGGAGAAGCUGAGAGUGACGGAGCUGGUGAUGGAGAACAUCGUCUCCAGUGCCCAUCACAGUCCCGACAGGGUGACAGGGGUGACUCCAGACCAGGAGCAGAGUCUUCUGCAGACGCUGACAGAGAUCACCCGCGUGAUGCAGGAGGGUCAGCUGGUGGACGGCUUAGCCCCCGAAAAAAUCCACAGCGACUGGAAUGAUCACCCUGGAGACCAUCAUCAGUACUGGGAACACCCCCACUGCUGCUGUCAGCACCGUUCAAAUGCUGGAGCAGAGCGGGAAGCGGAGGGAGACCCCGCGCCUCGAGGCGGAGGAGGGGGGGACACAGAGGUGAGCUCAGAGAUGGUUUCUACAGCAGCGGCCAGUGCAGGCGCGGUGCAAGAGAGUGAUUUAACACUAAGGGAGGAGGAGAACAACCAUAUGGAGGAAUGUGGCGAUGCUGGCAUCCUGGAGGAGGAGCUGGACGGAGUCCUGAAGGAGCUGGAGCUUAGUCUGAGGGUGACGUCCACGAAGGAGCAGGAAAAAACACAGGAACCCGGGAAUUUGACAGACAAAUCCUGCAGCUCCGUCAGGCGGAGGAAUAAGAGGAGGAGGACGAAGAAACCCGCACAGUGACUUCUACAUGACCUCUGACCUGCAAGUCAGUUUUAACACCGCUGUUACAGACGGCGCUGUAGCAGCGGUUUCAGGCUGUAGUCAUGUUUCUGUUCGCCUGACACUAGUGUUUUAUGUGUUUGAGUUUCUGAAAAAUGCUUGCAGUGACAAAAAACAUCAGAUUUAUGAUGCAUUUUCAAAUAAAUAGAAUGUUUCAAGUUCAACCAUUGACUGUAAAUGAGAACUGGACUGAGUGACCCCUCCCCCUGGUGUUCCAAACAGGAAGUACCUGCUGAUUCCAAGAAGCCAAAAUCAACUAACUAGAAUAGUUAUUCUGACCAACAGAAUAACUGCCUUUUCUUUUAACACGUUCUUGAUCAUUUUUUUCAUGAUAUUUUGUCUUUAUUUCAAGUUCUAAAAGGACCAAUCAGACGCCUCAGUGAAACUUUGUGGUCUCACGUUUGGAAAGUUUGACAGAUUUUGUGUAGCCCACUGUCAACUGGUACGGGUGUGGACUUCCGACAAGUUCACUCCUGGUUGGCGAGAGUGGUUGCCAUAGAAACACUGACUUUGAUUGACUCGGCCCAAUCACUGUUUCCUGACGUCCUCUGGUUCCAACAUGGCGGGGUGCAGAUCACAAGAAAAAUGGCGACUAAGUGGAGUUUAUUUUGUUGGAGCGAAGUCGUGUUCUACGGAUGACAUCACACUGACGCCGUCCAGUUCUCCUUUACAGUAAAAGCUUCUGGAAAGGUGGCGAGUAUCUCCAUCUUCUAAAACAUUGAACCUAUCAAAGCCGAUCCUUCAUGCAUGAAACGCUGCAAUCAAUGCUGUUAAUAAACUACUGGAAGUGAGGUUCAGAACACGU